UCCGCAGCCACCGAGCCGAACAAAAAUAAAUGUGACACACGCGCGUGACGUAGUUCCGUUUCCUGUCAGCUGAGUUGUGUUUUCUUGCGGCGCGGAGGCUUCCCGGUUUUCUCAGCUGCGAAUAUAUAUAUUUAUCUAUUUUUUUUUUUUUUUUAACACGAUAAAUAUAUCAACGAUUAUUUGAGUUGUGGACGAAACCGAGCUGAGAAGAUGAACACGGAGCGGGACCUCUCGCCUCUAACGCCCAACAUUGUGAGGGCUCUAAAUGACAAACUGUACGAGAAGAGGAAAGUGGCAGCUCUGGAAAUAGAGAAGCUGGUACGAGAAUUUGUGGCUCAGAACAAUUCCACUCAGAUUCGACACAUUAUCCAGAUCCUGGCCUCGGAGUUUGCACUUUCCCAGCACCCCCACAGCCGCAAAGGAGGUCUGAUUGGACUGGCCGCCUGCUCCAUCGCCCUGGGUAAGGACUCGGGUUUGUAUCUGAAGGAGCUGAUCGAACCUGUGCUCACGUGUUUCAAUGACUCAGACAGCCGUCUGCGGUACUAUGCCUGCGAGGCCCUCUAUAACAUCGUCAAAGUGGCUAGGGGGGCUGUGUUGCCCCACUUCAACCUCCUCUUCGACGGGCUCAGCAAGCUUGCGGCUGAUCCGGACCCCAACGUUAAAAGCGGGUCGGAACUCUUGGAUCGACUGCUGAAAGACAUAGUGACAGAAAGCAGUAAGUUCGACCUCGUGGCUUUUGUCCCACUGCUGAGAGAGAGAAUUUACUCCAAUAAUCAGUAUGCCCGGCAGUUCAUCAUUUCCUGGAUUCUUGUUCUGGAGUCAGUACCGGAUAUCAACUUGUUGGAUUACCUCCCAGAGUUCCUGGAUGGGCUUUUUCAGAUCUUGGGAGACAACAGUAAAGAGAUCCGUAGGACAUGUGACGUGGUGCUGGGAGAGUUCCUGAAGGAGAUCAAGAAGACACCGUCCAGUGUGAAAUUUGCCGAGAUGGCCAACAUCCUCGUCAUCCACUGCCAGGCGGCGGAUGAGAGUAAGCUCACGAACGACCAGAUUCAGCUGACAGCUAUGACCUGGAUGAGGGAAUUCAUCCAGCUUGCAGGCAGAGUGGUGCUUCCUUACUCCUCUGGCAUCCUCACUGCUGUGCUGCCUUGCCUCUCCUACGAUGACAGAAAGAAAAACACAAAAGAAGCAGCCAGUGCCUGUAAUUACAGUCUGAUGAAGCUGGUGACUCCAGAAGAUGAUGAGGAUGAUGAGGAGGAGAAAGGUGGGGGCACAGGAUCACCAACCAAGGGGGACAACCUGCCCAAGAUGGAAAGGGACUGCAACGAUAUGCUGAACGCUUCACAAGAAUCUGCUGGAUUCAGUAACAUCAGCUUCUUUACUCCGGCCAGUGGUGACAGGCCUCAGGUAACAUUGGACUUGGACAGUAUCGUUCAGGUGUUGGACCGCCACCUUCACGACUCGUCCACUGGCAUGAUGACUCGCAUAGCUGUGCUUAAAUGGCUCUACCACCUCUAUAUCAAGACGCCACGCAAGAUGUUCCGCCACACCGACAGCCUUUUCCCCAUGUUGCUGAAGACUUUGUCAGACGAGUCUGAUGAGGUCAUCCUGAAAGAUCUGGAAGUGCUGGCUGAGAUAGCAUCAUCUCCUGCCGGACAAACUGACUUAAGCAGUUCCUGUGACAGCACUGACAGCAAGCUGAUCCUGAAGGUCCCAGAGGGCGCCAACCCGGUAAAACAGCAAGGUGGAGGCAGCAAAGUGGUUGACACAUCACCCUCUACUCCCAGUAUGAACUCCUAUUUUUACAAGUUCAUGAUCAACCUCCUGAAACGCUUCAGUCUGGAGAGGAAGCUUCUAGAGCGCAGAGGCGCUUUUAUUAUCAGGCAGUUAUGUUUGUUGCUUCAUGCGGAGAACAUCUUCCACUCCAUGGCGGACAUCUUGCUGAAGGAGGAGGACCUAAAAUUUGCCUCCACCAUGGUUCAGACGCUCAACACUAUCCUGCUCACCUCUGCUGAACUCUUCCAGUUACGAAACCAGCUGAAGGAUCUGCACACUCUGGAGAACUGUGACUUGUUUUGCUGCCUGUAUCGCUCCUGGUGCCACAACCCCGUGGCCACUGUGUCGCUCUGCUUCCUCACGCAGAACUACAAACACGCCUACGACCUCAUCCAGAAGUUUGGAGAUCUGGAGGUGACAGUGGACUUCCUGAUUGAGGUGGACAAGCUGGUGCAGCUCAUUGAAAGCCCAAUUUUCACCUACCUGCGUCUCCAGCUCCUCGAUGUGGAAAACAACCCCUACCUGAUCAAGGCGUUGUACGGUUUGUUGAUGCUGCUGCCACAGAGCCAGGCAUUCCAGCUGCUGUCCCACCGCCUGCAGUGUGUCCCCAACCCAGAGCUCAUGAGGACUGUGGAUAAAUCCAAACACGUGGACUCAAAACGGCAAGCAGUCUGCCAGAGUGCACCCCAGCCUCACAUCAAUUACAACGAGCUGCUUCAGCACUUUGACUGCGUCCAGGACAAACACCUGGAGGCCCGACAGAAGCGCUCUGGACGUGCCUCUGACCACUCUGACAGGAAGCUGAUGUGAUUUAUUUAUUCGUUUAUUUAUUUAUUUUAAUCAUGCCACAUGGCUUCCUGGUUCUCUGGGGGCGGGGAAUACAAAAACAUGAAAGAAAACGAUUAAAGAUGGGAAAAAAAGGAAAGUUUCACUGGAAAAAAAAAUGCUACUGAAAGCAAAAAGUAUUAAUCAUCAGGUGCAGCAUGUUUGUAAAUAUUAUUGUUGACUAUUAGGAGAAUAUGAGAGAGGAAAAACCAACACUGAAGAGAAAGACAUGUAACAGUUCAUACAUCAAACACUUGUGGUGAUAACAGCUGAAGGCUAUGUUCCAAUCGUGCUUCAUCAGUAACCGAAUUAAAGAGGUCAUAUUUUGAAAGAAAAUGAUUUUGGAAACGUUUCAUGUUAAACCUUUAAAGUCCCGCCAUCCUGUGACCUGCAGUGGUUCAUUUAGACCUCUGUAACACACGGAAUACCGUAUCUGGACUUUUGCUUCCUGUGACACGCCUCCAUGGUUUUUCAAGAUGACAAGCAUCAAAUUCUUUAUUUGCACUAAAACGCACCUUACAGACUUGGGUGCAUCGCCUGUCUGUGAGAUGUGUUUGACAACAAACUUUAAAAUCUGUUUUUAGUCUGCAGAGUCAACUAUAUUAGCUUUCUGAAAAGAUGUAGAAUAUGACCCCUUUAAAUGUUUGCAGGGUUUGGAAGGGCAUUCCCGUGUUAAAUAUAGCACUCUCCAUAGCUAUUUGAUUUCCCCGUCAGCUGCAGUGUUUUGCAGAGGUAUGAAUGGAGCAUGCGCAGCUCACUCUGACCAUGAAAACAUCUCACACGCACAUAAAAUGUGUUGAGUUCUCGGAUUUUCAGCUUUUGAAACCUACAGAUGACUGAAGUCUUAAAUUCUGCACUGGAAGUUGUUGUACCUCAUGCUUUUUAUUCUUCACAGAAGUGAUCAGAAACAUUUCUCAUCGCCUUACUCCUUUGUACGUUUGUUUGCAUUUGCAUUCUUAAAAUAUGUGCACUGUUGUCUUUCCUGUGUAAAAAUCAAUAAAGUGGACCAUGUGAU